AUUCCUCCGGAGAUCGUUCGAUUCGCAUCAUUCUGCGCUCAAUUCUUGAUUUAUUUCGCAAGAACUUUCCUUCUUCCGCUGCAUCUCCAGCUGCAUUCCCAACCAACGACUGCUUCAGUAGCUGCAGUGUAUCCUGUCUUGGGCGGCAUAGUGUCGACGCCAGUGGAAAAAGCUGUCCGACUAUCGCCUCAUCCGCCCAGUCUGCGUGCUAGACGACUAUCAACGCGCGCACGCGCUGGCUGUCCCCAGAAAGAAAACCCGCCGCAACGUCACCUCCCGUCACACUCACAGGCCGAUAAAGCGUUUCAACCCCGCGGUCAUGAGUUGAGGGACAAGAAACGAGGCACACCCCGCGGCAAUAUUGACGAUUUUUGCUUUUUCUCUACUCUUCUCUUUUUCUCGGUCUCAACAAGUUCGAGUAACCCAAGACGCAGCCAUGGCUCGGAGAUAUAUGAUCCCGUGGCUAUAUGACCUGGGGGUGUGGAUUUUCACCCUCUGUCUGGACAUUUUCUUCCGCGAGGUCUACUCUCGCGGUGCAUGGCGGAUCCCCAAGCGGGGCCCCGUCAUCAUUGUUGCCGCCCCCCAUGCUAAUCAAUUUGUGGAUUCGAUCCUGCUGAUGCGCAUCAUGAAGUACUAUGCGGACCGUCGCAUCUCGUUCCUGAUCGCCGACAAGUCGAUGCGCGAACCUUAUAUUGGAACUAUGGCUGGAUGUAUGGGGGCGCUGCCCGUUGUGCGGUCGAUGGAUCAUGUCAAGCCCGCAAAGGGUGAAAUCUACCUCCCAGACCCGGAGAACGACCCGACAUUGCUCAAGGGACGCGAUUGCGAUUUCACGAGUGAGCAGUUCAUGGUGGGCGGGACCAUUAUCCUCCCCCGUGUAGGCAAGUCGAGUCCCGAGCAACAGGCAAUCGAGGAGAUCAUAGAUGCGAACACGAUCCGACUGCGCAAGCCGUUCAAGACGUUUGAGAAAGACCAUCCUCUCUAUGCUGCUCUGCGUAAGGGAACCAACUUCAAGAUCGCUCCCCACAUCAACCAGAGCAAAAUGUUUGAUGCAGUGUACCGCGAACUGAUUGCUGGUGGCUGCAUCGGUAUCUUCCCCGAAGGUGGCAGUCACGAUCGCCCCAGCCUUCUCCCAUUGAAGGCUGGUGUGGCUAUUAUCGCUUUGGGCACACUGGCGCUGGAUCCCAACUGCGGGCUGUCCAUCAUCCCGUGUGGUAUGAACUACUUCCAUCCGAACAAGUUCCGCUCUCGUGCCGUGGUGGAAUUCGGAAACCCCGUUCAGGUGCACCCGGAUCAGAUUGAAGCGUUCAAGGCUGGUGGAAACUCCAAGCGGAAUGCGGUGGGCUCUCUCUUGGAAACGAUCACAGAGGCAUUGACUACCGUGACCCAACAAGCUCCUGACCAUGAGACAUUGAUGGUCAUUCAGGCCACUCGUCGACUGUACAAACCGCUCAGGAUGAAGCUGCCCCUUCCGGUCGUCAUCGAGCUCAACAGACGUCUCCUUAAAGGCUACACCCAGUUCAAAGACGAACCAAAGGUACUUCAACUCAAGAAAGCCAUCUCUGACUACAACCGCCGACUUCGUGCUGUGGGAAUUCGCGACCACCAAGUUGAAUGGGGCGACGUCAAGCACCGCCCCUGGUGGCUGGUUCUGGGCACCUUGCUCUACCGUGUCGGCGAACUUCUGACCCUGGCCGUUGGCACUCUACCCUCCGUCGCCCUCUUCUGGCCCGUCUUCGUCACCGCCAAGGUUGUCUCGAUGAAAAAGCAACGUGCUGCGCUAGCCAACUCGGUCGUGAAACUCGAGGGCCGUGACGUCGUCGGCAGUUGGAAGAUCUUGGUCGCCAUGGGUCUCGCCCCAGCGCUUUACACUUGGUACACUGUUAUUGUGACCAUCUGGCUACACUACUGCCGCCAUGAUGGAUUCUACGCUUCUGUCGUCCCGUGGUGGAUAAACGCCCGGACUUACAUUUCCGACUCAAUUCCCCUGGCACUCUUUUCCAUCUUCUUCUUCGGCCUCAUGAUCUCUGUCUCCUUCGCCGGUCUCCGCAUUGGCGAAAUUGGCAUUGACGUCCUCAAGUCUCUGCCCCCUCUCUUCGUCGCUCUCGACCCUCGCUCCGCCAGCUCACUCGCCAAACUUCGCGCCGAGCGUCAAGCUCUCUCUGCCAAAGUUGUCGACGUAAUCGACAACUUCGCCCCUGAAAUCUUCCCGGACUUCGAAUCCGAGAAACUGAUCGACCAUGAACAUCCCGGAGACGAUACCUACCAGUCUCGCCUCAAGAGUAUGCCCCCCAGUGAGCCCGAGAGCCGCAAUCGCAGCGCCAGCCGCAACGGACGCAGCCGCUCCCGCAGCGCUGGGUUCAAUCUGUAUGAGACCUUCCUCAAGCCCCUCAGUAUCAAGUCCAAGGAUGACCUCGGCGAAGUCAACCGCCGCAUUCGGGACUCGAUGCAGGAACGCGGGCGCCAACGCGUUCGCGAGGAGUACGACCAAGACGGGGACGAAGAAGUGGUGUCCUUGGACGGGUCGGCCAGCGUCGGUAGUGGCGAUGUAGUCGUCGUGGAAGAGAUGAAGAAAACGAAAUGAUUUAAUGGGUGUGUUUUGGGUGGCGACUAUGAUGUUGAGGCUGGCUAUAUGGGUAUUUCUUUAUAUCUUGAAGGAUUGUGACUACGCGCCAGCUGAGAGUGUAGCUUGGCAGCAAUUUCUUUCGGGUAUUUGCCCCGGACUGAGAAGUCAUGUUGUGG